UCCGGUGGCUGGAUGUUCGCGGUGGGUGGUACGAACCCUUGGAAAGUUCGAACAUGGAAAUCUGUUCAUCACUUUUGUCGCGAACCUUACCGACACUGGCUUACGGAGGAACGUCACAGCGUCGGUGGAAGUUUGGACGAGAUCUACUGUUUGGCCAUUGCUGUUUGCUGCUGUUGGUGUUAUUCUGCUGGCUUCAGACACCCGUUCAGGGUGCACCGUGGCGAAACAUCGCGAAAUCAGACGAUUCGGACGAGGGUUACUACGAAACGGAUGGCAGCUACGAGACGGACGAAGGUGAGCAACACCACCAAACAGGUGAGGUGAAACACGGUGCAUCCAAUCCUCAUGACGAUAACGAAUCUGUAGAAAUCGAGUACGAAGAGCACGAUCAUCAUCCUCACCACCAAUACCAUCUGCCAAACGGAGUCUCGGAGUCUGACGAAUCCGGCGAAGAUCAACCCGAUUCCUUCAACAACGCUGAGCUUCUUGCACAGCUCGGCAUCCACCAGAAGACUCCGCGGGAGAAGAAGAAGAAAAGCAGGAAGUUGCCGCCCCCGGUAACGAUUGCUGUCCCCUAUCCGGUGCACAUCGAGCGUAAAGUUCCCGUGUUCAUCGAGAAGAAGGUGCCGGUGAUUGUGGAGAAGAAGGUGGAGGUGCCUGUCGAUCGCCCGUACGAAGUGCCCGUGCCGGUGAAAGUGCCCGUCCACGAGAAGCAAGUGAUACACGUGCCGAAACCGAUUGUCUUUAACGUCGAUCGGCCCUACCCGGUGUAUGUGCAACGGACUGUGUUUGUGGAGAAGUACCGACCGUUCAAGGUGUUGAUAAAGUCGAGAACUCGCUACUAAGCGUACAGCAAGUGAUAGAAUGUAGCGUGUGACAGUCUCCAAAAAUAUUUCCAUCGUCAACCGGGUGCUGAAAGUGAAAUUGGGGGGAAGUUAAUGAAAGUUGUCUUAAGCUGAGUGCAGUGCCGAAAUGGACAAGAAACCAUCGGGAAAACAAACGUCAAUGAACUGCGCCGGGUUGUGUGCUUUACACCGAGAUGUGGGCCGGUUGUGUGGGCCCCACAACUGCGUCUAAUCCGUUCGCCAAUUUUCGGGGAAACCAACCUUAGGUAAUGGUCCGGUAUAUCCGUACCGCUUUGUGUGUUGGCCGCGGAGCAGGGUACGGAAUAAAUCAGUGAAACGCACAAACGCCACUGUGCUGCUGUGGCACUGCACCGCUGCUCUGUCUUCUUCGUGUGGCUCUUCACGUAACCUCACAACAGCCGAACAACGAAGCAAAAAGGUAACGAGAGCCUUUUGCCCGUUUGGGAUUUGCCCGUGGCGUUCGCCAAUGCUUUGACUGCGUCUAUUAUGCUUAUACACGCUCGUUUCGUUUCGUGUUCGGUACGGUUGACGGAUUGACUGGAGUGUGUAAGUGAUGUUGGUGAGUUUUUUUCCAUCCAUCUGUGUGUGUGUGUUUUUCCCCUCCAUUUGGAGCUACAAAUUUGGGACUGGUGCCACUGGUGAGCUUCAACAUCCAACAAAUAAUCCAUGCAAAUUAAACGGCCACUUGUACCAAGGUGGUACUUAUUAGUCAGUGUUAGGCUCGAUGGGUUGUUAUCGCAUCGUAGCAGUGCGAAAGUGCCCCCACUCUUCUUUCCUUUGGCAGACAUUAUCAGCCAGGUUUGUGUUAGACACUCACUGUGUGUGAAUGAUUGUAGCGCACAAGUGGAUGAAGGUGCGAUAAAAGGUGAUGAAAUGCAUGACCGACGACGGCCAAUGGCGCAGAAGGGUUGGACAAUUUUGUAAACAUUACAUAACUUUACAAAGUGUGUGCAUCAUAUAAGUUGUGUACAAGAA